GCUCCAGAACCGAGAGGAGCCCGGUGUAGGAGACACGGGGAUGACUCGGAGCUGUGGCGGCGGAGCGGAGAGGCUCUGAGGACCCGCCGACGGGGGCCGGAUCAUGGGCUCCGCCUCAUCGUCCUACCGGGUCAUUUACCUGGACGUGGACGGCCGGAUCCAGAAGGUGGUUUUCAGUAGAUUCUGCAGCCCGUGUGACAUUAAGGAGUUAUUCUGCUCAGCUGUGGGUGUUCCAAGAAACACUGAUCUGUCUGUGCUGGAUUCGUCUGGAGCGAUGGUGUCCAUCGACCCCACCAUGCCACACAACACAGACAGGGUGUUCAGGAUCAACGAGCUGAAGACCGAAGUCACCAAUCGGCUCGCCAUGUUGGAGAAGAGAGUAGAGUUGGAGAGCAUGAAAGUGGUGGAGAUUGAGAAAUGCCGCAGUGAAAUCAAGAAACUCCGUGAAGAGAUGGCCUGUCAUAGCAGCAGGACUGUCCUUGAAGACAGCAGGAGGCUGAUCCCCCACAGAGAUGUACCCGCAUACCCAAAGUACCACCUGUCCAAGGACACAGUAGAAGCUCUGCGCCUGCCUACGUUUGAUGUCUGGCAGUGGGAACCCAAUGAGAUGCUGAGCUGCCUAGAACACAUGUACCACGACCUGGGCCUGGUCAGAGACUUCAGCAUCAACCCCCUAACGCUCAGGAGGUGGCUGUUGUGUAUUCGUGACAACUACAGAAAAAAUCCCUUCCAUAACUUCCGCCACUGUUUCUGUGUAACCCAGAUGAUGUACAGCAUGAUCUACCUCUGCAGCCUACAGGAGAAGUUCACCCAGCUGGACAUUUUGAUCCUCAUGACAGCUGCUGUGUGCCAUGACCUCGAUCACCCCGGCUUCAACAACACGUACCAGAUUAAUGCCCGAACGGAGCUGGCAGUUCGAUACAAUGACAUCUCUCCCCUGGAGAACCACCACUGUGCCGUGGCCUUCCAGAUCUUUUCUCAGCCAGACUGCAACAUCUUCUCCAACUUCCACCCCGAGGCUUUCAGACAGAUCCGGCAGGGGACCAUCACGCUGAUCCUGGCCACAGACAUGGCUCGACAUGAAGAGAUCAUCGAUUCCUUCAAACAAAAAAUCGACAGCUUUGACUACUCGGAUGAGGAGCACAUCACCUGUGAUCUACUGGCAGGAGCCAAUCAGAGCUGCACACUGAGGGGCCUCAGUCCUCUGGCUCAUGCUGUGCUGUGUCUCCUGUGGCUGCAGCUGAAGAUGGUCCUCAUCAAGUGCUGUGACAUCUCUAAUGAGGUGCGGCCCAUGCCUGUGGCUGAGCCCUGGGUGGACUGUCUGCUGGAGGAGUAUUUCACCCAGAGUGACAGGGAGAAGGCAGAAGGGCUUCCUGUGGCUCCAUUCAUGGACAGAGAGAAGGUCACCAAGCCAUCGGCACAGAUUGGAUUCCUCACAUUCGUCCUCAUUCCCAUGUUUGAGACUGUGAUGAAGCUUUUCCCUCAGCUGGAGGCGGCUAUGGUGCAGCCCCUCAAAGAGUCCCGACACCAAUAUGAAGAACGCAGACGGACUGAUGAAGCCACCACUGAG